GAGAUGUUCUUGCAGUGAGUCUUUCUACUGCGCUUCUCUGACAUGCCCUCCAGUGCAAAUAUUUGUGCAGCAGCAAUUGGGAUGCAAACUGCAGGCGGGGGGUGGGGGAGGUGCUGACUUUAGACCUCUGAGCUUUUAGUUGACCGUAAGGGUGUUGGAGAUGUGAGGGAACUGGGCCCAUUCCCAGAGAGAUCUUGGCAGUUGGGGCCAGACUGUGGUAUCAGUUACUGAGCCUGACCAAUCAAAGUACAUUCAAUGAUGCAGCAUCCUUGUGGGUGUUUGCAGCGUGUGUUAAUGGGCGGACUUCAGCUUCUCACACAGGACGGUGGGCGAGCAUCAUACAGACAGACAAGAUGACUGUACACCUGAAUUUAGCAUCUUAGCUGAAAUUGGGAGCACUGAGGUUCUCGAUCUAUCCCUAGGGCAACUAAGGGAGGCUGUGUGGAGACUGGCACUUACAUGGCUGGCGCUCUUCCACGUCAGAGCCCUCGCUGUGCCAGUUCUCUCUCGAUUCUCUCAGGGGAGGGGCAGGGAAAGCAGAGCCGCUUGAAAGGGGAAAGGUUUGGCCUUCUUUAAAAGGCUUGUUUGGGAUCUUGUGUGGGUUGAAGAGGGUGCCGGGAAGUGUUGUGGAGAGGCCUUCUGGGGGUUAGAUGUAAUUGGGGUCCUCUCUAGGGGUUGUGUAAGCAGUUAGGAAACUGUUCGAAUCUUUACUGCAAUGUGAUAACAUCACUGGAGAUGCAGAUGGAAAUGGCGUGAGAGCAAUUGGCCGCUUAAGGCAGACUGAACGGCUGACUGGGAAGGGGACGUGUGUUAGAGUUAGGCAAAGCUGGUCGUAAUCCCUGUCGCAGGCACGUCAAAAGUGGUCAUGAUUGGGCAGGAAAGCGGGGUCUAGUGCUUAGAGCAGGAAGAAGCCGAGAAUUGGGAUUCCUGGGUUCCAUCCCCCAGCUCUGGGAGGGGAGAGGGGUCUAGUGGUUAGAGCAGGAAGGGGCUGAGAGUUGCGAUUUCUGGGUUCUGUUACUGGCUCUGUCACUUCUUGACACUGAGAAAAAUCACUUCCCGUCUUUGCCUGAAUUUCCUCAUCUGUAAAAUCAGCCGGAUGGUACUGACCCGGGAGGUAGUGGCUGGGCCUCAGUAACCAAUGUCUGUCCACACUCUGAGUCCCUUGGCAGUAGGGCGCUGCAGGAGGGAGGGGAUUAGCUGUCCUGAACGGUUAUUGAUUUCAGUUGCUUCCCUUGGGGAUCCUACCCCGAAUAAGAGCAGCGAUAUCCCCUGUUCUGCCAGCACCUCGCAGCGUGUUCUACAUGCAGCGUGCUGGAUCCUAUACGGUUCAGGGUCCCAGUUGCGCUCUAGAUCCACUCCUGCAAAGCGUGUAGGGUUCCGGGGGGGAUGUAACUGACAUUUCCUCUUUCAAAGCCAGCGGCUUCUCACCCCUCCUGGUGUUGUUGAAUUCCAGUCCCUCGAUCUGAACAAGCCUAUCGACAAGCGCAUCUACAAAGGCACGCAGCCCACCUGCCAUGACUUCAACCAGUUCACGGCCGCCACUGACAGCAUUUCGCUGCUGGUGGGCUUCUCCGCCGGCCAGGUCCAGUACCUGGAUCUCAUCAAGAAGGACACCAGCAAGUUGUUCAAUGAGGAGCGGCUCAUCGACAAGACGAAGGUGACCUACCUGAAGUGGAUCCCGGAGACAGAGAGCCUCUUCCUGGCCUCCCACGCCAGCGGGCACCUGUACCUGUACAACGUGGAGCACCCGUGUGGCUCCGCCUCGCCCCAGUACACCCUCCUCAAGCAGGGCGAGGGCUUUGCCGUCUACGCCUGCAAGAGCAAAAGCGCCCGCAACCCGCUGGUGAAGUGGGCGGUGGGCGAGGGGGCCCUCAACGAGUUCGCCUUCUCGCCCGACGGCCGCUACCUGGCCUGCGUCAGCCAGGACGGCUGCCUCCGCGUCUUCCACUUCGACUCCAUGCUGCUGCAGGGCAUGAUGAAGAGCUACUUCGGGGGGUUGCUGUGCGUCUGCUGGAGCCCCGACGGGCGCUACAUCGUCACCGGCGGCGAGGACGACCUGGUGACUGUCUGGUCCUUUGCCGAGGGCCGGGUCAUCGCCAGGGGGCACGGGCACAAGUCCUGGGUCAACGCGGUGGCCUUCGACCCCUACACCAGCAGCGUGGAGGAGGAGGAGCCGCCGGAGCUGAGCGGCAGCGACGAGGAGCCGCAGGAGCCGGCCCACUUUGGCCGGGUGCGGACUAGCAGCACCCUGUCCCGCCUCUCCAAGCACAGCACCAAGAGCUCCCCCUCGGUGACCUACCGCUUCGGCUCGGCCGGGCAGGACACUCAGUUCUGCCUGUGGGACCUGACGGAGGACGUGCUGUACCCCCACCACCCGCUCUCCCGGGCCCGGACUCUCACCAACACCUUCAGCACCGGCAUCCCCUCCUCGGUGAGCGGCGGGAGCAACCUGGCUGGGGAGCCGGGGGGCAGCAGCGGUGGGUCCAUCCUGCCCCGCUCGCUCUCGCGCUCCAACAGCCUGCCCCACCCGGCCGUCACCGGUGCCGCCAAGAGCCACGUGACGGACAGCGCUGUGCCCUUCAGCAUCGGCAAGUUCGCCACGCUCACCCUGCAGGAGCGCCGGGACAAGACCGCCGAGAAGGAGCACAAGCGCUACCACAGCCUGGGCAACAUCAGCAAGAGCAACGACAAGCUCAACGGGGCGCCCCGGAGCAAGCUGGACACGGCCAAGGUCCUGGGCACGGCCCUCUGCCCCCGCAUCAACGAAGUGCCCCUGCUGGAGCCCCUGGUCUGCAAGAAGAUCGCCCACGAGCGGCUGACGGUGCUGCUCUUCCUGGAGGACUGCAUCAUCACCGCCUGCCAGGAGGGGCUCAUCUGCACCUGGGCCAGGCCUGGCAAAGCCAACCUCACCUCUCAGAACGGCAGCUCGCCCAGCGGCACUGUGGUAUAACCCGGGGAGCGCCCGCCCCUGACUCGGUGCCAGCUUGGCUGCCUGGCACUGCCCAGACUCCAGGCCCUCGUUAUUUAACGCUAAUUGACACUGCGUGGCCAGACGCUUCCCAUGGUGGUGAGCCGCUAACAGAGGUUUAAUAUAUAGAUCCCCGUCUACAGAGCACAGGCCCCUCCGCUGGCCCGGCCCACCCCCUCCCUUAACGUAUUAAUGGCCCCCUGUUUAAAGCUUUGUGGAACUUCAGCCCUGGAGUGAUGGGAGCAGAGCCGGUCUCCCCAGAGCCCUCACUUUGCACAACAGCCUGGAGUGCUGGAGCUGCGAGCCGCCCGGGGGGGGGGG